ACAUGAUCUUUGGAAUGUCACAUGGCCAGUCCAGAGAAAACAUCAACAUUCCAGAAGACGAGAUAAUGGGCGGGUCAGACAGGGGAAUAGAGGAGAUUGGUGCAGCAUCAAGCCAAGCUCCAGCCAUGGCUAUACCCCGGGCAGCUUCACCCCUCACCACCUCCCCCAUGAGUGCCACCCCCACCCCCAGCCAAGCCCCUUCACCUGGAGAUGAUGACCCUGUCAGCGUCACCAUCACUGUCAAGACCACCGGCUCUUAGUCUCUGAUCACUUACUCUUUGUAUUUCAGUCAACAAUCAAUCAAUAAACCCUGA